AUGAACGUAUAUAGAGAUGUCUUGUCAAUGGAUGACAAUUGUUAUGGUCGAUUGGGCCAUUUGAAGAACCAACACAAGUUACCAGCCAUUAUGACCCCUGUCAGUGCAAUUUCUUCAGCUCACAGUGAUUUUGGUCUACCAGAUGUGACUCUGACGUCACAUUUUACAUCAUUAAAACUUACUCCCGAUUACAAUGACAGUGAGGAGGAAGGUGAUGGUCAUUGUCAUAGCUUUUUACUUCUCGAUGAGAAAGAAAGACUGAAGGUAUCUAGUGUUGAAGCGUUUGUAAAACGUCUCAAUGGAUAUAAAAAUACUAGUCCAGUUAAAGUAAUAUCUAUAUUUGGAAAUACUGGGGAUGGAAAGUCGUACACUUUGAACCAAUGUUUUUUUAGAGGCGCGGAGGUGUUUCGCACAUCUUCUGAACAAAAAGCGUGUACAGUAGGUGUUUGGGCAGCGUUUGAUCCAUCCUUGAAUGUUGUGUGUUUAGAUACAGAAGGAUUUUCUGGAUCAACUGCUCAUAAUAAACAAAGGACAAGACUUUUGCUCAAGGUCUUAGCAGUAUCAGAUGUAGUUAUAUACAGAGUUAAAGGUGAAAGAUUACAAGAUGAUAUGUUUAACUUUCUUGGUUCAGCAUCUAAGUCAUAUAUAAAACAUUUUCAAAAAGCCUUACUUACUGUUUGUAAUAGAUCAAUAGAUCCAAUUAAAUGUGCUGAUUCUGUGAAAGGUCCAACAUUAUGUAUUUUUCAUGAAACUAGAAAUACUGAACCAUUAGGAUGUUAUAAUGGUAAAGAUGUCUCAGAGCAGAUACAAGAUAGAUUUCAUGAGUUACAACUUGACAUUGAUGGGUUUGCAUCUCUUCGUUAUGUGGGAAUUCAAACUAUAAUUCCACCAACCGAUUUUGGUCGAAUUAGAGAAGUACUUAAUGAAGAAAUUAAAAAAAACUGUAAUCGACCACAGAGAUCUCCUCACAUUGUUUAUCUCACUCUUAAGGCAUUGAACGACAAAUUUACUGGCGUCAUUAAAACUUCAAUUGAACCACUCUUUCCGGACCAACAUUUAACAUGUCCAACUGUAUGUCAAUCUUGUGAACAGCGAUGUUCAAAUAGUGUUGGGCAUUUAAAAGAUAACAUUCCUCAUUUUAAUAAUUCUAAAUGCCGGUAUCAGUCACAAUUUGAAAAUUCAGUUUAUGUUUGUAAAGUAUGUGCAGACAACGGAACACCUGUUGUUGUUACAACAAAUUAUACUAAUGAUAACCAACAUUCUUGGCUUAAAUAUGCCUUGUCUGGGUAUACCAUUGAUUGUCCUGUAUGUGGUGUAAUUUAUCGGAGUAAACAGUAUUGGUAUGGAAAUAAUGAUCCAGAAAAAACUGUUGUUUAUACAGAAACAAAACAUAUCUGGCCUGGUAUGGAUUUACCUUCUUCAUCGAGUAUGAAUCCUGCUAGAAAAGUGUUGGAUGGUGUAACUUACCUUUCUGAAACAGUUGCUAGUGUUAGUUAUGAACCAUCCCGCUUGUUAUCUUCUUGGGUUGCUGAUCAAUUUGCACCUAAAUAUUGGAAACCAAAUGCUGAAAUAAAGGAAUGUAUUGUCUGUAAAUUACAAUUUUCUUCAACAUCGAUAAAACAUCAUUGUCGAGCCUGUGGAGAAGGAGUUUGUGAUGAAUGUUCUAAACGAACAUUGUGUGUUCCUGAAAGAGGAUGGAAUACACCUGUUCGUGUUUGCAAUUUUUGUUAUAAACGAUCUGGUAGCAUAAGUAGUAAUUGUUCAGAUUCAUCUAGUCGAGGAGAUGAAAACGAAGUAGGGGCUCGUAAGUUUAGUGAAGCUGUAGUUCAAACAUUAUCUUCUGUAGCUUCCGUUCUAGAAUAUCCAAAAAAUCUUAUUAAAGAUACAGCUAGACCGUCUUAUUGGGUACCUGAUAGUGAGGCAUUGGAAUGUUAUAUGUGUAAAUCAGAAUUCGGAUCUACUUUAAUAUUGCAUCAUUGCCGUGAUUGUGGCCAUGGAGUUUGCUCUAGUUGCUCCAACCAUCGGAAACCAGUCCCACACCGAGGUUGGCCUAACCCCGUUCGAGUUUGUGAUUUAUGCUCUAACCAAGACACAUAA